UCCUUUUGAAAUCCACGACAAAAAGCAAGGGCAAAAUCGUAAUCGAGUUAACCAAGGAGCCAUGAUCCAAACCCCACCGCUGGUCCACAACGCGCUGAGAAACUUCAAAAGACGUUGACGCCGCAAAAGAUUUGCGGGACCGCUUAAUACCGCUAAAAAACGCUCCUUCCCCGUCCCUGCGAUUUUUCAUGUAGUUGCCGGUUUUAACUGUUCCAUCAAGCACCGUACAUCUUCGGUUCUUUCAUUUUUUAAAAAGAUUACAUGUUGUUCCCAUUUUAACCCUUUGUUUACAUUCAAAUUCUCAUUUUUAUCCUUGGUUUCAACUUUAUUCGACGCGCAAAGAAAUAGCACUUCUAUUUUUGCUCUUCCAAGUCACGUCUCUUCUAUUCCUCUCCGACGAAGUUCGUAGCAACUUUCACUGCAUUAAAAUUCAUUUUUUAAAAAUCAAAUUAUAAGAGAAAUUUGAAUUUGAAUUGAAUUCAGUUUUUUUUUUGUUUGAUAUCAGAAAUUAACGGUUAGAAAUAUUGCUACUAUUCAGCAUUAAAUGUUCUAUUUUAUGGCCUUUUUUCGAUUCAAACUCUGUUGUUUUUAAACUGUUUUUAGACUUUAUUCGGUUUGGUUUUUGCAGAGCUCGAGUUUCGAGGUGGAAGAGUACGGUUAACGGAUUCAGAUCAGAGCAGAAUGGAGGGAAAACGACAGUGUUUUGAUAGGCUAUGGUUGUGAAAGGUUGGGCCUAAGCCUAAUACAUCUUUGGCAACCGCAACAACCGUGUUUUAACUUAUACACUGUCUUGCAUUUUUGGCAAAGCAAGAGUGAGUGUGUAUUUGACUUGUUGAGUAUGAUUUUUUCCUCUUUUUGAGAAAUUCAUGGGUCUUUUUUUGAUUUAACGUGAGUAACGACAAAGGAGGAGAGUGAAAAAUGGGGGCAAUUGGUGGGGAAGAGUUAAAGAAGUUGGAGAAGGAGCAGAAGGUGCAAAUGGCAGGUGCUCGUGAGGAGAGAAUUCUAGUUGUGGUUAGGUUGAGGCCUUUGAGUGACAAGGAAAUUGUAGCAAAUGAAGUUGCCGAUUGGGAGUGCAUCAAUGACAGUACUAUCCUAUAUCGGAACACCCUCCGGGAAGGGUCCACGUACCCUUCUACCUAUACAUUCGAUAGGGUAUUUCGGGGUGACUGCUCUACAAAGCAAGUGUACGAGGAAGGAGCCAGGGAGAUUGCUCUUUCAGUUGUUAGUGGUAUUAAUUCUAGCAUUUUUGCAUAUGGACAAACUAGCAGUGGGAAGACAUACACAAUGACUGGAAUAACUGAGUAUACUGUUGCAGAUAUAUUUGACUACAUAAACAGACAUGAAGAGAGAGCAUUUGUUUUGAAGUUCUGUGCAAUUGAGAUAUACAAUGAAGCUAUCAGAGACCUCCUGAGCUCAGAUAACACUCAGCUUAGGCUACGUGAUGAUCCUGAGAGAGGAACCAUUGUGGAAAAAGUUACAGAGGAACUGCUGAGGGACUGGAACCAUUUGAAAGAACUCCUUGCAAUUUGUGAAGCUCAAAGAAGGAUAGGAGAAACCUCCUUGAAUGAGAGAAGCUCCAGAUCUCAUCAAAUUAUAAGAUUGACAAUUGAAAGCUCUGCUCGUGAGUUCCUAGGAAAAGAAAAUUCAACAACCCUUGCAGCAAGUGUGAGUUUUGUUGAUUUGGCUGGAAGUGAACGAGCAUCUCAGGCGUUAUCCACUGGGGCAAGACUGAAAGAGGGUUGCCAUAUAAAUCGUAGUUUACUGACUCUGUCAACUGUUGUUCGAAAGCUAAGUAAAAGUAGACAAGGACAUAUCAAUUACAGAGAUUCAAAGCUGACACGCAUACUGCAGCCUUGUUUGGGUGGCAAUGCCAGGACUGCCAUCAUCUGUACCUUGAGCCCUGCGCGAAGUCAUGUUGAACAAACCAGGAACACUCUUCUGUUUGCUUGUUGUGCAAAAGAAGUUACUACAAAGGCGCAGGUCAAUGUGGUCAUGUCUGAUAAGACCUUAGUUAAACAUUUACAAAGAGAGGUGGCCAGGCUAGAAAGUGAACUUAGGAGUCCUGUUCCUCCUUCCUCAAACAGUGACUAUGCAGCUUUACUAAGAAAGAAAGAUCUUCAGAUUCAAAAGAUGGUGAAGGAGAUUAGAGAGUUGACUAAGCAACGUGAUCUUGCUCAAUCUCGGGUUGAGAAUUUGAUAAGGAUGAUUGGAAAUGAUCAAGAUUCAGGACAAAUGGCAAGGAUCAAUUACCAUCCCAAUCAACAAGCUGGGGAUGCUUGGGAAGAUGACUAUUCAGCAUCAGAGUCAUCAUUUUUGGGUGAUUCUAAUCGAUUGGAUGUGCAUGUUCGAAACUUGAAUUCGAUCCAUCGUUAUGACACAGAAAGUGGGAGUAAUCUUGAGGAGCCCUAUCAUGAGCCUCUGAACAAUCAUGAAGAUCAUUCCAUGUCUGAUUCUGGGCAAAGUCUGGAUAAGACUCCAGGUGAAACUGCUUAUGACCCUGAGGAAUACUGCAAAGAGGUUCAAUGUAUUGAGGCAGAAGAAUCAGGGAGGGAUAAUAAUUCUGAAUCUCGUGCCUUACCAAAUGAUGAAAGUGAAGGAAUGUUGGCAUUGACACUGUAUGGAGAUGGAGAUGUGGCUGGCCAGGAAACAAUGUCUACCCCAGUGAAUGGAGAUAGAGAAGCAAAUCAUAUUCAAAAUGAUUUUGUGUAUGAUGCUUUGGAGCAGAGAGUCCAUAAUGUGCAGAAGACAAUUGAUUCUCCUGUUAGUUCUUACCCUGAUAAAUCAUCCCCAGGUGAUCAGGUAGCAGAUUUGCCAAGUUCUAGAAGCAUAAAGUUGACUAGGAGCUGGAGUUGUAGAGCAGAUGUCAUGGGUGGUACAUCUCCUUAUACUGACAGAGAACAUAUUGAAAGCACCCCGACUAAUGGGUUGGAGAAAAACUUCCCUGGAAGACCAGAAGGUUACCAAAAGAAGUUUCCUUCAUUAAAUUAUGGUACCAAUAAUGGAGUGCUCUCCAGGAAUAAUUCUCAGUCUUCUCUUGGGAGUGCUUCCAUCAAGACUUCUGCAGAUGACGAUAUUACUAGCAUUCAUACUUUUGUUGCUGGACUGAAGAAGCAAGUUGCUAAUGGUCAGGUUCAGGGCACGGGGCUAGCAGCAGAUGACUCCGGAAAGAGUAUGAAAGAUGUAGGAUUGGAUCCAAUGCAUGAAGCAUCAGGCACUCUUCUGGAUUGGCCCCUGGAAUUUGAGAGGCAGCAGAGAGCAAUAGUUGAACUUUGGCAAACUUGCAAUGUUUCCUUGGUUCACAGAACCUAUUUCUUCCUGCUCUUUAAAGGUGAUCCAACUGAUUCCAUUUACAUGGAGGUAGAGCUUAGGAGACUUACCUUCCUCAAGGAAACAUUUUCUCAAGGAAAUCAAGCUGUAGAAGAUGGUCGCAUUCUCACACUGGCUUCAAGUGUGAGAGCUCUUCGCCGCGAGAGACAAACCUUGAGCAAGCUGUUGCGUAAAAGAUUUACAGAACAAGAGAGACUGAAACUGUAUCAGAAAUGGGGCAUCGAGUUGAACUCGAAGCAAAGAAGGCUCCAGCUGGUCAAUCAGAUAUGGAGCAAUAACAAGGACAUGAAUCACGUAACCGAGAGUGCUGCCAUUGUUGCAAAGCUGAUUAGGUUCGUGGAGCAGGGAAAGGCCCUCAAGGAAAUGUUCGGCCUCAGCUUUACUCCUCCACGCCCAAGGCGUAGAUCCAAUGGUUGGAAAAACAGCAUGGCAUCCCUUUUGUGAGCCUGUUUAUGACCAUUACCAUUUAAUAAUUAAUGAAUACGAGGAUCUGCUGGUGCAUUUUAUUGAUAACAUCUCCUGCUUGUAUUCCCUAACCUUUCUUUGCGUUAAUUUUCAUUAUUUUUGAGUAAUUGAAU